GAAGAAAGAGAAGAAGAAGAGGAACGGAGAAUCUGCCAUGGCUUCACCAAGCAAACGUCGAGAGAUGGAUAUGAUGAAAUUGAUGAUGAGUGAUUACAAGGUGGAUACAAUCAACGACGAUUUGCAAAUGUUCUAUGUCACAUUCCAUGGACCCACUGACAGUCUUUAUCAGGGAGGUGUAUGGAAGAUUAAAGUCGAACUUCCCGAAGCUUAUCCAUACAAAUCUCCAUCUGUAGGAUUUGUUAACAAGAUUUAUCACCCUAAUGUCGAUGAAUCUUCUGGUGCAGUUUGCUUAGAUGUUAUAAACCAGACAUGGAGCCCAAUGUUUGAUCUUAUAAACGUUUUCGAAUCCUUCCUUCCGCAACUGCUUCUGUAUCCAAACCCAUCAGAUCCGUUUAAUGGAGAAGCUGCUUCUCUGUUGAUGCGAGACCGUGCAGCCUACGAGCUGAAAGUGAAAGAAUAUUGUGAGAAAUAUGCAAAACCCGAGAAGGAGAAUUUAAGUGAUGAUGAUGAGGAGGAUGACGAUAGCAUGAGCGAAGAUGGCUCGGACUCUGAUGAUGAUGACGAUGAAAUCGUUGGAAAAGCCGACCCAUGACUGUUACAAAUCAAUCUUUCUUUGCACUUUCAUUAGUCCAUCUUCAAAUUUAAACCAUUAAUGCUCAUUGCAAAGAGGAGAGAAACUUUCCUCUGUAAAUUUGUAAAGACUUAUUAUUCUUUAGGCCUACUGAAAUUUCUUUUUAAAACAGUAGAUAAAAUGUAACAAUUUGC